AUGCCGUCCAGCGACAAGUACACCGAUCCCAAGCUUCGCGAGGAGGUGAAGGAAGAGAUCAAGCAGUCGGACAAAGGUGGAGCGCCCGGCCAAUGGUCUGCACGCAAGGCGCAGUUCAUGGCGUCCGAGUACAAGAAGCGCGGAGGCGGCUACACUGACGACGGCAACAAGGACGAAUCGCAGAAGAACCUCGACAAGUGGGGCGAGGAAGAGUGGCAGACCAAAGACGGCUCUGGCAAUGCCAAGCAGUCGGACGGAACGCAGAAGCGAUACUUGCCCAAGAAGGCGUGGGAGAACAUGUCGGAGAAGGAGAAGAAGGAGACCGACGACAAGAAGCAGAAGCAGAGCAAGCAAGGCAAGCAAUUCGUGCCCAACACCGACAAGGCCAAGCAGCAGCGCAAGAAGGUGUCCAACGGCAAUGAUGAGGCCAGCCAGGACGACGAUGACGAUGAUGAGGAGGAAGAGGAGGAGUCCAGCAAAGACACCAAAUCGAAGAGCAACGGCAAUCAGAAGAAGCAGGCAAAGACCCAGCAGGCAGCCAAGAAAGCGAACGGAAAGAAGACUCAGAAGAAGGACAGCAAUGAUGAGGAGGAGGAUGACGAUGACGAUGACGACGAGGAGGACGAAGAGGACGAAGAUGAUGCCGAGUACACCGACGACGCUGGCGAAGACGACGAGGAGGAGGAGGAGGAAGCCGAAGGUAGCGAUGACGAAACUCAGGCCGGAGACAAGCGCACCAACGGCAGCAAGUCGCAGCAGAAGGACAAGAAGCAGAAGACGCGCGAGUGA